AUGGCCGUAGCUGCGGCGGCGGCUGCUGCACGAGCGCGACGAGCAGCCGCGGCCGCAGUGGAGGCUCGAGGCCGAGCGGCAUGGCGGCGGGGGGGGGCGGCGGCGGCGGCGGGCCUGCGCGAGGAGCAGCGCUACGGGCUGUCGUGCGGGCGUCUGGGACAGGACCACAUCACCGUGCUGCAUGUGAAGCUCACCGAGACGGCCAUCAGGGCGCUGGAGACGUACCAGAGCCACAAGAAUUUAAUUCCUUUUCGACCUUCGAUUCAGUUCCAAGGACUCCAAGGGCUUGUCAAAAUUCCCAAAAAUGACCCCGUCAGUGAAGUACACAACUUUAACUUCUAUCUGUCAAACGUGGGCAGAGACAACCCCCAGGGCAGCUUUGACUGUAUCCAGCAAACGCUCUCCAGCUCUGGAGCCUCCCAGCUUAAUUGCCUGGGAUUUAUCCAAGAUAAAAUUACAGUGUGUGCAACAAAUGAUUCGUAUCAGAUGACACGAGAAAGAAUGACCCAGGCAGAGGAAGAAUCCCGCAAUAGAAGCACAAAAGUUAUCAAACCCGGUGGACCAUAUGUAGGGAAGAGAGUGCAGAUUCGGAAAGCACCUCAAGCCGUCUCGGAUGCAGUGCCUGAGAGGAAAAGGUCAACCCCCAUGAACCCUGCAAAUACAAUUCGAAAGACACAUGGCGGCACUGUUUCCCAGCGGCCGUACAGGGACAGGGUCAUUCACUUACUGGCACUAAAGGCCUACAAGAAGCCUGAGCUGCUUGCCCGACUGCAGAAAGAUGGUGUCAAUCAAAAAGAUAAGAACUCCUUGGGAGCAAUUCUGCAACAGGUGGCCAAUCUGAAUCCUAAGGACCUCUCCUAUACUCUAAAGGAGUAUGUGUUCAAGGAGCUGCAGCGAGACUGGCCAGGGUACAGUGAAGCAGAUAGGCGGGCGUUGGAGUCGGUGCUCUCUAGAAAACUAAACCCAUCUCAGAAUGCCGCUGGCACUAGCCGUUCGGAAUCUCCCGUAUGUAGUGGCAAAGAUGCUGCGUCCUCUCCUCAGAAACGGCCUAUGGAUUCCGAUUUCAUCGAUCCUUUAAUGAAUAAAAAAGCCCGAAUAUCUCACCUGACAAAUAGAGUACCACCGACCUUAAGCGAUCACUUGAACUCCACCGGUGAGAAGUCUGCUGCCAGCCUCCUGCCCCCGCCUGCAGCUGCGGCCGCCCCCACUCCCUCACCGCUGCCUUCCGCCCGCCUCCCUGUCUCCAACCCCCCUCAGACUGUAAACUCCAACUCCAACUCCCCUAGCACUCCAGAAGGCCGGGGGACUCAAGACCUGCCUGUUGACAGUUUUAGUCAAAACGGGAGCAUGUAUGAGGACCAGCAAGACAAAUAUACCUCUAGGACUUCUCUGGAAACAUUACCCCCUGGCUCAGUUCUACUAAAGUGUCCAAAGCCUAUGGAAGAAAACCAGUCAAUGUCUCACAAAAAGUCCAAAAAAAAGUCUAAAAAACACAAGGAAAAGGACCAAACCAAAAAGCAGGACAUUGAGACUCUUGAGGAAAAGGAGGAAGACCCUCAAAGAGAAGAAAUUGCCAAGAUAAAAAACUCCAGUCCAAAUCCCAGUGAAGGCGUUAAAGAAGAUUGCACUGCCUCCAUGGAGCCUUCAUCAACAACGGGACUCCCAGAUUAUUUGAUAAAGUAUAUUGCUAUCGUCUCCUAUGAGCAGCGGCAGAACUACAAGGAUGACUUCAACGCGGAGUAUGACGAGUACAGGGCGCUGCAUGCCCGGAUGGAGACUGUGGCCAGGAGGUUUAUCAAGCUGGACGCACAACGAAAACGCCUUUCCCCGGGUUCCAAGGAGUACCAGAAUGUUCAUGAAGAAGUCUUGCAAGAAUAUCAGAAGAUCAAGCAGUCUAGUCCCAACUACCAUGAAGAAAAAUACCGCUGCGAGUAUCUUCAUAACAAGCUGGCUCACAUCAAGAGACUCAUAGGGGAAUUUGAUCAACAGCAAGCAGAGUCGUGGCACUAGAACUGCGCCUGGACCAGAAGAUGUGAAUAAACUUAGGCUUAUUUAUUUAAAAUGCCACGUAAGUGGCUCUAGAUUCUAAGAAGACGAAACUUUGCCUGCUGAAAGUUUCAGUAUUAGUAAACUCGAGUUACUUUCUUCAUUUUACUUUGCUUUCCUGCAUUUUGAAGCUGCUUUUUUUUCUGGUCCUCUUUUUCCCCUCCUCUCAAGACUUAUAUUUGUUAAUAGAAACUUUUUUUUUUAGAUAUUGGGGAUCCAGUGUCUAUACUUCAAAUCAACUUUUCCUUGAAAACUUGUGUUUGUCAUUAGAAAUGAUUUUUUUAAAUAUUGAGGAUGAAAUGUCCAUACUGAAAAGUUAUGUAUAUUUAAAAACAAAACAAACAGUAAUGUGCAAGAUGAAAUGCUUUUGGAUAAACAUAAGCCUAUUUUCUGACCUUUCUUAAUGCGAACUCUUUGCCUUAAAUGGUAGAAUAUUUAAGACAUUUGCACAAAAUACAAAAAAAAAUUAAAACAUUGUUUUGGAGGGUUAAAAAAAUGGAAAGUUAAGUGAGUAUGCGUAUAGAUCUUCUACACAUACCUAUCUACAGGCUGACUUGAUCUAGAAUAUUGAAUCUGCCCUGUAAGUUAGCCCCCCAUUGCAAUGGUUGCCUUAAGGUGUUUGCUAGGUGUGUACAUAGUGUGGUUAAUCAUUAGCUACACUGCUUCCCAGUGAUGACAGCAACGGGAAGCACACUGUGGACUACCAGCGUCGGAAGCGUGUGUUCAGCCUGUGUGUGUGCAGAGGUGGAGUGGACGUGAGCAUGCUGGAAGGAAAAGAGCUGCUACUCUCAGUUGGCCAAACGCUCGGGCUAAGCAACUGAUGAGUGUUACUGUAGGGUGGUGUUCUUUGUUUUUUUGUUUUUUUUUCUGUCAAAUUGCUACUUCUAUUGUGGAAGACAAAAGCAUUUCCAUUUCAACAGUUUGUCAGCUUUAUUAAUGUUGGGCAAAAAAUUGAUAUAUUAUAAAAAUGAAACAGAUCUAUAGUUUUGGGGCAAAAUUAUAAAAUUAAAUGUGUAGGUAACCUAUUUAUAUAUUGCUAUAAAGUAUUUUUUGAAGAGAGAUAUGAAAAGAAGCUAUUACCUACAUCAGAUGUAUAUUUAAAGAUUUUUUUUUCAUCCUAGACACCAGGAAUAUAAAAAAAGAGGAGAUAUAUUUAACCAUAACAUACUGUGAUUCAUCAAACAGCACAAACUUUCAUUUCAUGGAGUUUAUCUGUUGACGUUGAUUUAAAAUGUCACUUGUUUUAUCAUGUGGGAACAUAAGUUAUGUGGUCAAAAAUAUAAGGAUUUUGAAUAAUGUUGAUUCAAGUUGUGUUGUCGUAUCGUAUUGUGUUUUCAAAGUGCUGCCAGUUGAAAAGGGAAGCAUUAUGUUUACAAAUCUGUUUUGAAAUGUUUGCCAAAACUUUGGUAGUAUCUUUAAUAAAGAUGUUUGUCUCCAGCAUCCACAAAAUAAAUAAAUACCUAA